AUGGGUACAAGGGCAAGUACUGAAAGCAGUUCUUAUGACCGAUUGGUUAAUAGAGUAUGCGACAAAGGUUUGCAGGCAUUGGAUGUUGGUGGUUCUGGUGACUGCUUUUUCAAAGCAAUUUCACAUCAGUAUUAUGGUACUCUAGACCAUCAUAUUGCUGUAAGGCAUGCUGGUGUAAGCUAUUUAAAACAACACCCUGAUUUGUUUAUCGAGAGUGUGUCUGAGAAUUCAUGGAAAAGUUAUUUGCAAAGAAUGGCCACACCAGGCACAUGGUGUGACAACAUUAUCAUACAAGCAGUAGCAAAUCAACUUAAUUGUGUCAUUCAUAUCAUUGAGUCCAGGCUUUCGUGCACACAAGGCUCUACAAUUACGCCAUCCACUACAGAUCAAAAUGCAAAAGUAUUGUUUGUUGGUUACAUAGAAGACUUGCAUUAUGUCUCUACAAUACCUCAUAGUAAUACUACUAAUAAGAAUGCCUUAAGAGCGAAUUUUUUUUAUCACCGCGUGGGAGGUGGCACAUGA